AUGUCGAACCAGCAAGUGGGCACGGUGUUCGAGAAAGUCAUCAAGGACGUCUGCGAGCAAUCUCAGGUCGACUUUGAGGAGAGCGGUGUCGACCAGAAGACACUGCUAGAUCUGCGCGAUACCUGGCAGAAGAAGCUCUCGUCGGUCAACGUCGCUCAGUUCCCCUGGGAUCCUCCAGUCCAACCUAUCCCCCAAGCCCCCCUCCCUCCUCAGGCAACCGUGCCAUCCAACGCUCCCCGCCCACCCCCUCAGCCUCAACAUGUCCAGCCCCCAGUUUCAAUGCCACAGUCUGUACCUGGGCCGGCUCCUGCCCAUAUGGCACCGGUCGCACCGGCACCCAUGAUGGCCCCUCGGAUCAAAACAGAGCCCGGUACCAAUGGCCCGCCUCCGAUGCCUCCGAUGCACAACAACAUGCCUGCGAACACGCCUAACCCGCAAAUGGCGCGCGACCGCGCUGCGGCUCAAUUGACCCAGAGAUUCGGUGCCUCCGCUGCCACCUCAGUGAGCCAGCUCCAGUCUCAGCCUGCGGGACCGCAACCUUAUCCGCAGAUGCACCACCCUACCAAUGGCCAGAUGCCUCAGAUUAAGCAGGAGCCCAGUCAUCCCUCCAUGGGGCCCAGCCAGACCGAUGGCGCCCAUGAUGUACUAGCUGACUGGAAGGCAGAAGUUGUGCGUCGCAGAGAGGCCGCUAGGAAUGGCCAAGGUGAUCAUCUUCUCCGCGAGUAUCUGAAGCAUCGGAUGAACGGCUUGGAAGCCGGCGGUCUGCUUCGUCCCCUGGCAGAGCAGGAAUCUUCAGUCACGACGGCUCGUCGUGCAGCUCUUGUUGCCCCUUUGAUCCGAGCAAAGGCUUUGGAGUCCGAUUCAUUUACCUCCGGGAUGCCUGGUCAGUACGAUGGUGCCGACGAGGACCUCAAGGAGGAAGUGGACGAGGAUGCAAUCAACUCGGAUUUGGAUGAUCCCGAUGACCUUAUCGACCAUGAUGCCGAGGCGGAUGAAUCAGAGGGACAGGUUAUGCUUUGCACCUACGACAAGGUCCAGCGGGUCAAGAACAAAUGGAAGUGCACCUUGAAGGACGGCAUUCUGACCUCGGGUGGCAAGGAAUACGUCUUCCACAAAGGCCAAGGCGAGUUUGAGUGGUAG